UUAACUUAAAUUAUAAAUUAUAAAAUUACAUCGAAGAAUAGUCAUGAUGAAACAUCGCUUUGGUAUUUAAAUACCGACAAGUGUUGGUUGAAUGAACUAAUUCAAUAGUUCCGUUUAAUGAAUCGUUCGUGGGAACCAAUUUCCGAACGAUUUGAUACAGCUUUAAUGCAUAGAAAUAAAAACAGAAACGCGUGUUCCAGCGUUUUAACAAUUUAAUUUCGUUUUGUUUAGUUCUUAAAACAAAAUCUCGCCUAUUUUUGAUGGCUUUUCCCACAUCAAGUGCACAGCAAGCCGAAACCAACCGUAAAAUACUUGAGGAAAUACAGACCAAGAAGCAGUUGCUCAUUGGGCUGGGUAGCACAACGAAUCAGAUGCCCGCACCGCAGCUGCUUGGCCAGCCGACAGUGACAGUAGAAUUUCCGCAGAGCGUGAGCGUUACGCCUAAUGCCGCUGGCGGCCUCGGCGCGCCACGAUCUGCAUUUAAUCCAACGAGCUCUACUACUCUGGGUUUCUUUAUACCGCAGGAUUCGUAUUUUGGAAAUAGUUUUAUACCCGUGUUGCCACGCCUGGAGCCACUGCCGACACCGGCAGCGCCCAACGCCAAGUAAUUUCUUAGCA